CAAGGUAGAGUUAGCUCUGUCCUCAAUUUAAGUCAUUGUGACUGUGGUCCAAAGUCUGGCCAGGCUUUCUUAUUUGCAUUUUUUUCCGUGUGUGCUGUAAGAUAACAGGUGUGCCAAGCCACACAGUGAGAGAAAGUCCAGGGCUUUCCCUGGAACACUAGCUUCCAUUUUCACUUGGGUCAAGAGCAAGACCAAAAGGUAAUAGCUUGGGUGCUUCCUGUUGGUUCACAUUUCAUAGGAGUUUAUAUUUAAUCCUCACUUUAGCCCUCAGCUCAGAAUAAGCAAGGAUGAAUUCAAGAGACUUGGGAACAGGAAAUUUUGCUGAGACCUGAACUAACACGACCACCCGGUUUCCAGUGAGAGCAGACCGCCAUAAUGGAUUUCAGACCUCAGAAGAGUCCAGGCAAACAAUUUGCAUUUGCUUUUGAAAAGGAAGUCUGCAGACAGGACUUCUUUAUUAAAUCACCACCUCCUCAGCUUUUCUCCUCUAUGCCCUCUUGGAAGAAACGGUUUUUCGUUCUGUCAAAGAGUGGGGUAAAGGGUUACAAUCUUUCCUAUUACAAAGACCAUCAUCACCGUGGUACCAUUGAGAUUGACCGGAAUACCAGUGUAGAAGUUGGCAUACGCGAUCAGGAAAAAAUGCAGUUUGUGCAGAAGAUGUUUAAGUGCCAUCCAGAAGAGGUGAUGUCUCUCACAACCUCAGACAGAGAAUACUUCCUCAUUGGCUCUGACAGGGAGAAGAUUAAAGACUGGGCCACCUUCUUGUCAUCGUUUUGCCUGGAUAUAAAAGCACCACACCAGAAUACAGAGAAGCUGGAAAUGCUCUUAUCAGAUUACAAAAGACCCAGUUCUGACUCUAGUCUUAUCACUGGUCCUUCUAUACCAAAAGCUACCAGCCCUUUCUCACCAAGAAGCAGUCUUCCAGACAUGCAUUUAAUAGGAAGUGCUUCUCCAGGAUUCAGACAAGCUCUUCCACCACAAAAUUUCCUAUCAGAGGCCACUCAAAACAUGAAAGAAGAAAGUCAUUAUGCUAGUCCUCGAAGUGUUAUUUUAGAGUUGGAUAAUAUUAUUGCCGCCAAUGAUUCUGGUGAAUGUCUUGAAGCUAAUAAUCCUGAGGAGGUCUCCCAGGGAAUUGAGAAGAUCUACAUGUCAAUGAAGUCCUGUUUUGUCAGAGAGAUGUCUCGGGAGUCUCCCAACUGCAAAGAUGUGUCCCAGGACCUUCCAGAGAUCCAGAAUGAUGGGGCUGCUCUGCAAGAAGGAAGCUCGCGAAGGGACCCAUGUCUAUCACCCACCAGUACAGAAACACCAACCAGAAAUGAUGGAAAGAGGCCAUCCCCACUGACUGCUGUGCAGUUAUCUAUACUGAUGAACAACAUCACCGAUGACAAGGAAGUGGAGAAGCUGAAUGUGUUUCUCGAUCCACUUGACAUCACAAACUACCUUGCUCUCACUGAAGCUGGAGGACGAAUAUGUGUGUCUCAGUGGAGAGGACCCCCACACCUUGGAUGCUUAUUUUCCCAUGGAGACCACCUUCUGGCAGUAAAUGACCUGAAGCCCAAGAGCCUGGAGGAGGUCUCCUUGUUCCUCAGCCGCUGCAUCCGCAAGGAGAAAGUAAAACUCACCAUUGGUCGGAUUCCGAAUUCAGAGAAAUUCCACAUCAUGGCUUGCACAUGCGCCUUGAAAUACCAAGGUGUGGUACCUCUUCCACUGGCUACACCUGAACUGGACAGGAUGCCAAGAAGGAGCCCCGCCAUUAAAAAGACUACUCAGAAAAUGACUGGCAUAUAACUAGUUGGGAUCCACUGUAGCUGAGCAAGGACAAGAUAGCAUGGCUCUUCCUAUCAUAGCUAUGUGAUGCAAGGUAGCUCAGCACACUGCUCUGAACUUCCUCUUCUGUAUCCUAACAAAGGGGAGUUAACUACUGCCUCUCUGGCUAUUGCAUCAGGGGUAUUGAGAGGAUUAAGUGUUUUAUGAUCUUGGAACACAGUGAAAACCAUGGAUCUUGUUAUCUCAGACUUUGUCCCAAACACCAGAGGGACAAAGUCUUUUGGAAAAAGGUUUUGGAAAGUCCUUCUUCUAAAAUGUGCUGUAGUGUGUGAGGUGGUGGUCAAAGGAAGGAGCAAGAUAAGGACCAGACAUGGAUGUUACAGAGUUACCUGAGACUCAGAACUUUCGUGACCUGUUUGUUUUUGGCUCCGUUACUGAGAAAGAAAGGAAUGGAAGGAUACCCAAGGAAGUAGUAAUAGAUGUAGGAGUGGUUGAGAAAGGAAGAAAGAAAUAGAGGCUUUAAGAGUCUCGCCUGGAAAGCCAGAUUGUUCAAACAGACCAAUGAGAAGUUCACUCCAGGUGGGCAGGUCAGGUAAGGAUUAAAGAGCCCAAUUUUAUCAACUAUUUGCCAUUUUGUCCAAAAGACCCAUGCAGGUCUAUACGUGCCUUUUCAUUUACCCAAAGUAUGCAAGCCUGAUCACAGCCUCCCUAAUUUUUUGUGGAAUACAACAUGAUUAAUCAGACACGAUGGGGAAGCUAGUUCAGCCUUAUCUCCCUCACGCACUACAGUCCACAAACACCCUUCUCUCUUAGGGGGAUGUACUUUUAGGAACCUUCAUUCCAGGAAUGCAUGAUCCCCCAGAGAGAAGUGAUAGCAUAUCAGCCUUCACAGACACCUCCUAGUGCUCAUCAUGUCCAAGGGCCAGAAGGCUAAAGAUACAAGGGCCUCUUAAACUCAACAAUCAUUUUAUUUUAUUAGAGAUUUAGUAAUGACAUUGGGGGGUCCAAGCAGGUUUAAGUCAUAUCCAGCCAUGAUCUACAUGCUUUCUAAACAGAUAAUUUCUUAGCCCUUUUUUCUUUCUUAAAACUUUUUAAGAUAGUAUAGAGAGAAAUUGAGAAGGAGGAGAGAUAGACGGGGGAGAGAAAGAAAGACACCUGCAAACCUGCUUCAGGCUCUUCCCCCUUGCAUUUGGGGAGCAAGAGCUUGAACCCAGGUACUUGUGCACAGUAACAUGUGCUCAACUGAGUGGUCCACGGCCCAUGUCCCUCUUAGCCAUUCUAUAUUAGAAAUGUCCUCACUUGACACAUGAAUGAAUGGCCUUUAAGGAAGGUAAAAGUAAUUUUUUUUCAUGAAUAAGAGGACAAGGACAGAGAGCUAAUGGAUUAAAGAAAUUUGGGAAUUUUAGAGCAAAGAGUGUUUCAGAAAAUAUACUUUAGCCAUGUUGUCAUUCUACCUAGGAAGAAAUCAAGGCCUUGAUUAUCUGGACAAAUGAUCUACUUUUUCUUCUUUGUUUUGUUAUUUACUAGAGUAUUGCUCAGUUCUGGCUACUGUUGGUGCCAGGGAUCGAACCUGGGACCUCUGGCAUCCAAGUCCAAUGAGCUACUUCUGUACAGUGCUACAUCCUGGCCUUUUAACUGACACACUUUGUGACUUCCAGUUUCAUAGCUAUUUAGUGUCAGAACCUGAUUCUAAAACUCUCUCUGAGAAACAUAAGCCCUGAUCUCCACUUUGUAUUUGGAUUUAGAAAUGAAAAGACCUUCAGCACUUCCAAGAGAUAGUCAAAUACAGUUCACUUUCUGUGACCCAGACUGUACUCACACAAGUCCAAAAGCAUUGUUACUGUGGUGGUGUUUGUAACAAUAAAAAAAUGUCUUUCUGGAAUUGCUUAAUUAUGAUAGCUUAAUAUAACUGAAUACUUUGCACGUGUUAUAAGUUCUGCAUGUAAGGUUGUGGAAAGAUAUUCAUGAUACAAACAAAUAAAAGAUACCAGUUACAGUGGCAGGAGGUGGCACAGUGGCUAAGGCACUGAUCUCUCAAGCAUGAGGUCUUGAGUUCAAUCCUCAGCAUCAGAAGUACCAGAGUGAUGUUCUAGUUCUCUCUCUCCUCCUUCUUUAUCUUACUAAUGAAGACAUCAGCAAGAAGAAACAAGAAGCCUGGAAGAGGAGAACUUCAAACUGUCAGUAAGAAUCACAUCUUAGAAGUAACUUGGGAGGGUCAAUGGGGGCAGAGGGAGAAGAAACUCUAUAAACUUUGGAUUUUACUGUUUUUAAGUGAGGGUGUAUUCACAUUAAUAAUGAAACUAAUGAAAGUAGAACAUAUAUUAAUGUCCCUCUGUGUUGUUUCUUUCAUAAUCACAAUCAGAUGAGAGACAGCCCCUACCUCACUAGAGGAAAGGUCAGUCUUAUGGUCUCUCCCUUUCUGCCCUGUUUCUCUCUCUGUAUCUGAAAAAAAUUAGUCUGGAUGAGUGAAGUCCCAUCAAUGACAAAAAUAAAUAAAAUAGAAGAAAGAGCAUGUCUUCUUUCCUUGAUGCCAUUUGAGAACUAACUCUUCUACAGGUUUAAUUAAAAAUUGUGUUAGUCACUUUCAAUUC